GGCUCAAGCCUAACUCUACCAAGCACAAGGAGUACAUCAACAUACAGUAAAAUGACUACCUUGCACUUGCGAUGAACUGCGGCGACACUAUCUCCCUUGUCCUCUGUUUCCGGUAACGACGGCGGGCAGAAGCUGGUCUCCUACUUCCAACGAGUUCGCGACCUAGAGGUACUUGAGUGGUAUUGUGCUUGCCUGGGGUUAGGUCUGGUGGAAACAAUCAGUGAAUAAGUGGAUCCCUCAUCCCUAUAGAAUUGUAAAGAUGCUCAGUCGCAUAUGCAGAUGUCGCUUCAGCCCAGCUUCUCCAGCGCCAUGGCUCUUUGUUGGGCUGGGCAAUCCAGGUGAUAAAUACAAGGGGACAAGACACAAUGUUGGGUUUGAAAUGGUAGAUGCAUUUGCAGAAUCGCUUGGCAUCCCAAUGGGUGAUUUACAUUGUAAAGCUAUAUUUGGGAGAGGUUUAGUCAAAGGAGUUCCAGUUUUCCUAGCCAAGCCUCAAACGUACAUGAAUUUGAGUGGUGAAUCUAGUGGACCACUUGGUGCAUAUUAUAAGCUCCCGCUCAACCGCGUGAUUGUGUUUCACGAUGACAUGAAUUUGCCGUGUGGAGUACUUCGCCUUGACCCUAAAGGCGGUCAUCAUAGUCACAAUGGGCUAAAGAGUGUGAUUUAUCAUUUUCGUGGAAACAGAGAGUUCCCUCGACUGAGAAUAGGCAUUGGAAGACCUGCUGGUCAAAUGGACCCCAAGGUAUUCUUGCUUCAAAAGUUCAAUGCAACUGCUAGGGAACGGAUCGACGUUGCACUAAAUGAAGGGGUUGAUGCUUUGAAACAACUUGUGUCUGAAGGCUUAAUGGAAACAGCAAGGUGGUUUAACAGCCAGCAAAAAUACAAACACAUCAGAUCGCGCGCUGUUCCAGAGUGAUCAUCUCAUAUGACUAUUCAAGGUCUGAUGUUCAAGCAAAUUGGCAACUCAUUGAAGUGACAAGAGUAUGCACUAAACAACUGGUUGGUUCAGGCUUGCUAUUAGUAAUGCUGAUUUUUAAAGGAUGAUAUGCUGAAUUGGUAUUCAUAAUAGGCUACUAGUUGUGUUCGGUUUUGGCGGUUCGUUUUUCACCCGGAACGAAAGACAAAACGGAAGUGCUGGGCUGGACCACAAGAAAGAUAUGUCUAGGUCAAGAUGUAGGCGAAGGAGCGCUAACAUCUUUAUUUUUCACUACAUCAAAAACUUUCAGUGAAGUAGCAGUUGGUCAAUGCAACUUUCAAUGCUCGUCAUGAGUCAUCUGAAAACAGUCUCGCUAUGUUAUAAACAUAGGGGCCAGGUUGCGCACAUGGUUACAUGUGGUGCUUGAGCGGGUUCGGAGGUCUCUUUGAACAAACCUCUCCACUUUUGAGUAGGGCUCAGGUGUGAUAUGAGAACAUAAAACAUGCAUGCGGUUUGCAAAUAAGGGUUUUUAAUUCGU